AUGGAGGCACCAGCAGGACGCAGCAUACGGCAACGGCAGGACUUACAGACGACGAGCAGCGUGGACCGCCACGUCAAGGAUCUCUCAGCCAUCGAGUUAUACGAGCAAAUAUUACUCGGUUGCAUCCGGGCUGGGGAUGACCCCAACGCUGCCGUUAAAAUAGAGCACUUUGAGGGUUAUGUGGAACCAACGUUUGAUCUGCUGCACGGUGCACAUGUAGUGGCACACCAGCGCCAGCGGUUAAGCGACAUUUACCACGAGCGGGAGCACAUAAUCGGUACCCUCCGCGCCUCCCCGGAGCAUCAACAGCGGAAUGCCUUUGAUCGACUGCUGUUGGAAACGGAGUACUGGACGGGCCUUCGCGAAUGGAACGAAACCACGCGAAGUGGCAGCGGAGACACAACUCGGGGACGACUGCGACGGCGGCUUGAGGCGACUGUUGGAGGGAAGGGGGGGAGUGAGGGAAUGGAAUCUGAGAUGUUACACCUGACCGAGUCGCCGUCAUAUAUCCGCGGUAAACUACGGCCGUACCAAAUUGAGGGUGUAAAUUGGUUGCUGGGUCUGUAUUCCCGUUGCAUCAAUGGCAUCCUGGCGGAUGAGAUGGGCUUAGGAAAAACUCUGCAAACCAUCUCCACGCUAGCGUAUCUUAAGUUCAGCCAUGGUCUCCCGGGACCCCAUCUGGUGGUAUGCCCCAAAUCUGUUAUGGGCAAUUGGUAUCGUGAGGUUCGGCAGUGGUGCCCAGCCCUCUCCGUGUUGAAGUUCCACUGCUCAUCCAACAUACGUCCUCAGCUCGUCCGCGCACAUUUGAUGCCGUGUGGAAAUAUCAAAUAUGACAUUAUUGUAACUACCUUUGAGAUGGUCUUGGAGGAGCACGGAGCUUUCAGGAAGAUACCUUGGCAGUACCUUAUCGUCGAUGAGGCUCACAAACUGAAAAAUGAAGAAGGCAGAGCCCACGUUACGUUGGGAUCGAUUAAUGCUAAUUAUCGACUCAUCAUCACGGGUACACCUCUGCAGAAUAACCUGAAGGAACUGUGGGCCCUUCUACACUUUCUUACUCCCCGUCUUUUUGAUGAUUCGAAGUCCUUUGACAGCUGGUUUGACACGGCAAGUGGCCAGGAGGACAGUGAGGCGCUAAGUAACAUGCACCAGAUACUCGCCCCACUCAUGAUCCGCCGACUGAAGUCAGAGGUGAGCACUGGCAUUCCACCAAAGAAGGAGAUCUACGUGUCGUGCAGAUUAUCCAAAGUUCAGAGGCGGUGGUAUAUGCAAGUUUUAGCCAAGGAUGCGGAGGUGCUCAACAAAGGCAGCGGAGGAAGCUCUGCUUUUCUGACGAAUACACUGAUGAGUUUGCGUAAAGUUAUCAAUCACCCGUAUAUGAUGGAUGGGGGGGAGGAAGGCCCUCCCUUCAUCACAGACGAGCGAAUUGUGAAGUACAGUGGUAAAAUGCUGUUGCUGGACAAACUGCUACACCGACUACGGCGCGACGAAAAGGAGGGGCACAAAGUUCUGAUUUUUUCUCAAUUUACUUCCAUGCUGGACAUACUGGAGGAUUAUUGCUCGAUGCGUGGCUUUAAGGUCUGCCGUAUCGAUGGUAGUACAAGUGGUUAUGACCGCGAUUCUCAGAUGGCUGCUUUUAACGCACCCAAAAGCGAUUACUUUAUAUUUUUGCUCUCUACCCGCGCGGGAGGUCUCGGUAUCAACCUGCAGGCUGCGAAUAAUGUCAUAAUAUACGAUUCAGAUUGGAAUCCGCAGAUGGAUUUGCAAGCACAGGAUCGAGCACAUCGCAUUGGCCAGAAGCGCGUUGUGCGCGUGUACCGUUUUGUCACAGAUGGUACCGUGGAGGAGAGGAUAUACCACCGGGCACUGAAGAAACUCUAUCUUGAUGCAAUGGUAGUGCAACAGGGUCGGGCUAGCGGGGGCGGAAAUGGAAACAAUUUGUCACGGGAGGAAUUGCUCUCCAUGAUUAAGUUUGGUGCUGAGGAGAUAUUCAAGGCAAAGGAUGAGGACAUCACGGAGGCUGACAUUGAUUGCCUCUUCGACGAUGAUAGAAAGUCACGGGAACUCAACGAUGCGGUCCGUCAGCAGGUUCAAAUGUCUCUUGCGAGCUUUAAGUUGGGUGCUGACGAGACCAAUAUCUACGAUUUCGAGGGUGUAAGCUUCCGCGAGGGCGUAGAGUCGCGUCUGCUUCAUAUUACCCUUUCCGAUCCCGUUUCACAAGACGAACUCCACAAACAGUGUUCGCAGUUUGGUGAUGUGAUUAAGGUUGUUCUCCACACGAAUCUCAAAGAGGCACUUGCAUCCUUCCGCACUACAGCUGGGGCCAUGGAUGCGAAGGAUGGCUUACCGUACAAGUGCGAGUUCGCUUCAAAGGAAGCGCGGAGGGUGGUACCCAAAGAGAUAAUUACGGAAUACUACAACACUGAGGAAAAACUUGGCCGUGGUCACCGACAACGGGAACCGGUGCAGUUUUAUACGGAAGAGGAGGUGGAGACAAUUCAAAAGCAGAAGAAGGGACCACCACUAAAACUUCCGCGCGCCCCCCAGUUCAAGUCUCAUCAGCUGUUUAACAUGAAGCGUUUACUGGAGCUUCAUGCUACUGAAGUUUCCCUAAUGGUACGAAACUGGGAGCGCGGGAUUAACGGCACCGGAAAUGGUACGAGCGGAACUGGCAAUGGCGGUGCGGAUGAGAACACAGAUCACGUGAAGGACGCUGGUAAUGAGGUGGUGGGAGCUGAAGAAAAGCGGAACAAAGAUGAAGGUAAUAACGAAACAACGAAGGUGGAGGAACGUGAUGAUGUGAAGGAGACUUCAAAACAAGAGGGAAAUGGUGAGGUAGAGACUGGAGUGGAGGAAGAAACUUUAACUGCUGUGGAGCGUGAGGAGAGGGAACGGUUAAUGAAGGAGGGUUUCCCCGACUGGACUAUCAACGAGUACCGUACACUUGUCGGCGUCAUCACUAGUGGCAGCGUCGACAUUAGCGACUACCCAGCCAUCACAGCAGCGGUUAAUGCUCGCCGUUGUAACAAAACUGUGGAGGAAGUACGAAAGUAUCUUACUGCGUUACUUGAAAGGGGCAGCCAAUACAUUAAGAACUUUGCGCGUGUAGAGGAGAGGAUACAGCGUAUGCAGGAAAGGCGGAAGGCGCAGGAGGAUGAGUUGCGAGCCGCAAAAUGGAAAGUGGAAAGUUAUGAAGAUCCCGAGACUCAACUCACAUUUAAGGGCCGCUGCAACGACGACUUCGACCGCAAGUUAUUUCUUAUGGCGUACGACGUCGGAUUCGCUCGGCAAAACUGGGAAACAUUUAUACGACGAAUGCCUGAGAGCCGCUUUGAUGUUUGGUUGCAAUCGAGGGAUAGCGGCUAUUGUGAACGCCGGUUGAGAGGAUUAAAGGCUGCCGUAAAGAGGGAAUGGCAACCUCCAAAUGAUGAAGACACUGAGGUGGUGGGGCGUCGCAGGAGGCUGGAGCGGAAGUUUCCGGAAUAA